UGUCGGCAAAGGGCGGAACUGCGAGUGACGAGCAGGCGCUGCUGUCGCGCUGCGCCGUCCCCUGGCCUCGGUGGUCACUGUCUUUGUUAGGGGCGGACAGCCGGCAGGCCCAGAAGGCCCUUUCGCUGCUCAGUUCCUGAAAAGGCACGAGAAAGAGUAGGAGCCAGGAAGUGAGCUUUACCUGGACUUUAUCCCAUUCAGUCCUCCGCGUCCUCUCCGUGCCGGGAGGACAGGAGAGAGUGUGACGCCGGUGACGUCACGACCAGCGUCUCCGCCAUCUUCCUUGUGGGCAGAGAGGCGGCCGUCGAUGCUGCUGCCCGGCGGGCGCGGGGUCCUCCUGGGCCUGGCCGCGGUGGCGGCCGCGGCGGUGGCAGCGCGGCUGGCGGGCUGGUGGGGCCCCCGCGCUGGCUGUCGCCUCUUCACACCCGGGGAGCUGGCCCGCCACCGCGGCGGCCCCGGGGAGCCAGGCCUCUACCUGGCGCUGCUCGGCCGAGUCUACGACGUGUCCUCCGGCCGCAGGCAUUACGAGCCUGGGGCUCCCUAUAGCGGCUUCGCAGGCCGAGACGCAUCCAGAGCGUUUGUGACUGGGGACUACUCUGAAGCAGGCCUUGUGGAUGAUGUAUCGGACUUGUCAUUUUCUGAGAUGCUGACACUUCAAAAUUGGCUAUCAUUCUAUGAGAAGAAUUACGAAUUUGUUGGAAGGGUGAUUGGAAGGUUCUAUGGAAAGGAUGGGCUCCCCACCUCGGCACUAACCCAGGUAGAAGCCAUGAUCACCAAAGGCUUGGAGGCAGACAAACAGGAACUGAAAGAGAAGAACAAGUUUCCACCAUGCAACACGGAGUGGAGCGCAGCCAGGGGCAGCAGGUUCUGGUGUUCCCAAACGAGUGGAGGCGUGAGCAGAGACUGGACUGGUGUCCCCAGGAAGCUGUACAAGCCGGGUGCCAAGGAGCCCCGCUGUGUGUGUGUGAGAACAACCGGUCCCCCUAGUGACCCAGCACCGGACAACCCUACACACAGAGAUCGUGGGGACUUGGACCACCCCAACUUGGAGGAAUAUACAGGCUGCCCACCCCUGGCCAUUACAUGCUCUUUCCCACUCUAAGCUGGUGCCCUACCUGUUGAUAACCCACAGAGAAGCCUAAUGAGCCCUGACUCAUGUGCACUAGGAUGGCUCCUGACAUCGAACAAGGGGGCCUGGAAGGACUCUGGCCUCUGCAAAUGUGGCCCAUGACCCUCACCAGCGGCUCACCAUUCUGGUGACUGAGGCCAGAGGUCGGCAACUCGCCUAGUAUUGGUCAGCCCGUUUUUGCCACCGUUCCCUCAGAUCUACCUGCCAUCCUCCUUCAGAGCCCUCGAAUGUUAAUGAACACAAAUAUGACCAACUCAAAACUAACUGAACAGACAAGCAACGGGCUGUAAGCUCCAAUCCUUCCCAUGGACUCCCAGGCUGCCAGAUCGGCUGCUGGCCUCGUCAGGGGCACUGGCAAAAAGGGACUACAUCACUCUCUUACAACUCAGAAACAAGAGGAUACAUCCAGAAAAGACCAAAAAUGAAUGAAUAAAUAAACAAACAACAAAAAAAACGGCAUCAACAUACUCUCUUCCAUCCCCGAUGGCUAAACUUGUUACCCCUGACUUUUAUAACCUUUUUUCUUUCCUUUUUUUGUUAAUACUCAACCGAGGAUAUUUUUAGGGAGAGUAGAAGAGAGAGGGAAAGAGAGAAACAUCGAUGU